AGGAUACAUCCCAGCGAAUCUUUUUUCCAGUUUUAUAAGGUUUAAAUCGAAUGAGAUUAACAUGUAAAUAUAUGACAUUUUCUCUUCAUAUUAUUCUACAUAUCAUAUAUGGUAUGAAGCAGCCUUGGUCGAUUAGACUUUAGAGAUCCUGGAUUCGCAACGGCCUAUCGCUCCCCUUGUGCCGCCGCCGAAAACACAGUCGGACGCCAAUUCACUUCGACAAGCAAAGCAUGUUUAAAUCAACAGUGAGGUCACUCCAAACGAUGAAAUCUCUGAAUCAUCUCUAUAAGAGAAGUUUAAGUGGGGCUUUUGGGCAGAGCUGUUACAUGGGCGAUCAUGGUUUACAUCGUCACAGCCAUUAUAACGUCAAUGGUUGUUAUAAUCAGAAGAGUAGUGCAGCAAAUUUUCAAAUCUCAAAUAGGUGUUAUAGUGGCAUGGUAAAGUCUCAACCUAACGAGAAGUCACAUGAAGCUGGUGAGGGAAAGGGAUUACUUGAGGAGCUUAAUGCUUUAUGCAAGGACAAGAAGUUAGAGGAAGCUGUUGAGGUUUUAGGUUUACUUGAGCUGAAGAAAGUAACAGUUGAAAUGCCUGGAUAUCUAUUCUUGAUGAAAGCAUGCGGAGAAUCUCAGGCACUUAAAGAAGCUAAACUUGUCCAUAACCAGCUCACAAGGUCAGGGCAUCAUCUUGAUGUUCACAUUUGCAACAAAAUCUUGGAGAUGUAUUCGAAUUGUGGUUCCAUGGAAGACGCAUAUAACGUGUUUGAUAAAAUGCCCAAAAGAAAUCUUACUUCUUGGGACACCAUGAUAACAGAGUUUGCUAAAAACGGCCGUGGAGAAGACGCAAUCAAAAUGUUCUCCGAAUUCGAAAAGGUCGGAUUAAAACCCGAUAAUCAGAUGUUUCACGGGGUUUUUGCUGCAUGUAGUGUCUUAGGAGACAUGAAACAAGGGCUCUUGCAUUUCAAGUCAAUGAUCAAGACUUACAAUCUUGUUCCAUCCAUGGAUGAUUAUGUCCGUGUAGUCGAUAUGCUCGGGAGUUCAGGGUACUUAAAUGAAGCAUUGGAAUUAAUAGAAAAGAUGCCGAUGAAGCCAAGUGCAGAAAUUUGGGAAAUUAUGAUGAAUCAAUCUAGGGUUCACGGUGAUUUAGAACUCGAAAACCGUUGUGCUGAGAUUGUUAACCUUUUAGACCUUUCUCGUUUAGAUAAACAACCAGAGAAAGGCUUCAUACCAAUAAAGCCUUCAGAUAUUGCAAAAGAAAAAGAAAAUCAAAAAAAUAAAUCAUCAACGUUGAAUCUCCUGAAAAUUAAAACCGAAACUUUUCCGUUUAGGGCCUCGGAUACAUCUCCCCUUGAUCAUGAGAAGAUAUACAGUCAACUUAGGUGUCUAAAACAACACAUGGUAGAAGUGGGAUAUGUGGCCCAGACUAGAUUGGUACUCCAUGAUGUGGAUCAUGAAAGUAGAGAAGAAGAUCUUUUAUCGCAUAGUCGCAUGCUUGCUUUAUCUGAAGCACUUUUGACUAGUCCAGCCCGGACACCAAUAAGAAUACUAAAUAACAAUCGUAUUUGUGCUGAUUGCCAUGAUGCAUUCAAGAUUAUUUCAAAGCUGGUUGGAAGAUCAAUCGUUGCACGUGAUGAAAGGAGGUUCCAUCAUUUUGAAAGUGGAGUUUGUUCUUGUAAAGAUUAUUGGUGAUUGUUUGGACUUUAGAGUUGGUUUUCUUUGAGUAAUCUUGUUGACACUAUCCUAUCUAUGAUUAAGUUAUCUAUAUGUACAUGCUGAAAAACAAAAUCUUUUCUGAUGUUAUGGAUUAUCUUGUCUUUUUCUUGGAUACA